AUCUAGGGAGGUGCGCGCGUUCAUGAGGGGGAAUCGGCCGUUCGUUCUCCCGGUCAUGUAAGACGACAUCUCUCCGUCUGGCGACACAAGCGACCCGUAACCGACACAACGACCUCUCAGGCACCGAUUGCGCUAUUGCUUUGAUAUGCGAAAGUGUGAACCAUGAAAAUGCUUCGUCUCCGGAGCCCGAGCAUCUCCUCUUUCCCGCAUGAGGUUCAGUGCAUGGUGCGGCUGCUCGACGACUCCGAGAUCGCGUGCAGCAUCCAGAGAGAUACUAAGGGUCAGUUUCUCUUGGAUCAUGUGUGUAACCACUACAGUCUACUUGAGAAAGAUUACUUUGGAAUCAGAUAUGUGGACCCAGAGAAACAAAGGCAUUGGCUUGACCCGAGUAAACCUGUGGUGAAACAGAUGAAAUGUCAGCAACAGUACACUAUGUGCUUCAGGGUGAAGUUCUACCCUCAGGAGCCAAUCAAGAUCAAGGAGGAGUUGACAAGAUAUCUGCUAUACCUGCAGUUGAAGAGAGACCUGUACCAUGGGAGGCUGCUAUGUCCAUUUACUGAUGCUGCGUAUCUUGGAGGCUGUAUAGUACAGGCUGAGCUUGGCGAUUAUGACCCUGAGGAGCAUCCUGCAGACUACAUCAGCGACUUUAAUCUAUUCCCUAAACAGUCUCUCAGACUUGAACGCAAGAUCAUGGAUAUUCACCAGAAUGAGCUGAGGGCACAGUGUCCUGCUCUCGCAGAGUUGAACCUUCUUCAGAGGGCCCAUACCCUGGAUACAUAUGGUGUUGAUCCACAUCCAUGCAAGGAUUUCACAGGAUCCACAGCCUUCCUGGGAUUCACUGCAAGAGGGUUUGUGGUUUUCCAGGGAAACAAGCGGAUCCACCUUCUAAAAUGGGCAGAUGUCAGCAAAUUUAAGUUCGAAGGGAAAACCUUCUAUGUGAUCGGAUUACAAAGAGAAAAGAAACUGGUUCUGACAUUCCACACCUCCACACCAGCAGCCUGUAAACACCUCUGGAAAUGUGCUGUAGAAAAUCAGGCUUUUUACAAAUGUGCAAAAUCAAGUCAGAUAAAGACUGUGUCCAGCUGCAGUAUAUUUUUCAAGGGAAGCAGAUUUCGAUACAGUGGGCGGGUGGCUAAAGAAGUGAUUGAAGCCAGUUCAAAGAUUCAAAGAGAACCACCUGUUGUACACAGGUGUCAGUUUGGCCAAAGCAGAAGCUUUUCUUCACUCAGUCAUAAACAACUUAUAAUGAACAUGGAGCCACUCCUACCAGCACUAAGCUCUAGCAGGGAACGCAGAGAUAUCUCAGCAGACAAUGGACUCCGGGCUUUAAAAGACACAGUUCACCUCUCUCCAUUGAAACCAUCGGUGACACCUGAGGAAGUGGAGACGGAGGAUAGAGAAACUGUCCAGGAAAGACGAGAAGAGGAGAUAGCCAACAGGACGAGAGCAGAUGAGGAGAGGAGAGAAAUACAUGCAGAUAAUGAAGAAGAGGAGAGUGACACUCUCAGUAUUUCUGACACGGUGUAUAACCCGUGUGCCAGCAUGGUGCCAACGCCAGUGGAGGAGAGUCAAGGUGGGUUAGAAGUUCUGUUCCAGAGCCCCGCACGCAUACUGAAGGAGCUUCACGCCGAUCCAGAGAUGCAGGUGGAGCUUCAGGCCGAACGAGAUCUGGAAUUGGCCAGAGAGGAGUAUCGCCAGUCUUUGAGCAACCCUCCAAAUGGGCAGCACCAGAUGCAGGCAUGUCUGCGCAGUGCCGUGCGUCUGGUGGUGAUGGCCACUGGCCUUCUCAUGAUUCUACUUCCACUGCUCCUUGUACUGUUGGAGUCCGACUUGGACAUCUCGUUCUUGCAUGAUAUUCGCCAGACGCCUGAGUUCGAGCAGUUUCACUACGAGUAUUACUGCCCUCUGCGAAGAUGGUUUCUCUGCAAAGUUGAACUCAUAAUGGAGCAUCUAUGGGGGGAAUGAGGCACACCGCUAAUGGCAGCCUCAUGGAACAGGGGGCGGGAAUGAAAGGAAGGUUUGCUCUCCUACAGUACAUAACGUUAUUUAUGCCCAUUCAUCAAGUAGAUAAUAGUAGUUUGGUUGUGUUAUAGCAGUUGUAAUGGACAUUUGUAGGAUUCACAAAUGCCUUAGAUGGUUCAGUUAGCCACUUAAAGGCUGACAAAAUGACAAAAAGUAGUUCUGAUAAAAAUGCACCGAAAUUUCACACAUUUUAUCAUUGAAAAUGAUUUUGCAUGUGCUUUUAAACUUUUAAAAAAGCAAACAAAAAGCAUUCAGGGUCCAAAAUUAAUAGUUUGCUCGUGCUGUCAUUUUUUCAGGAUUAUUGCUGGUUCUGUCAACCGCUGCAUCAGAUCGAUAGAUAAACACAUUAUCAUUUUGGACCCUGCAAAUGAUCAUUUUGGAACCAGCACUUAGUUUUAAUAUGUUGACGUUGAUGCAUGUCACAUUAAUUUGUUUUAUGUUCCAUAUCACAAAAAACGCUACUCAGAAUGUAGAACAGGAUCCCGCUUCCCCAAAUCAAGAAAACCUAUUAUUAUAUUUAAAGCUUUACAGCUAUUUAGAUCAAAUUCUGACCUCAUAACAUUGUGUUGCAAAUUAUAUUUUCUGCCUCCAGCGGAGUAACACAAUAUAUAGCGAGGGCGAGCUAUGCAUACUAAAACAUAUCUGUUUUUAAAUGUUCUACAUUUCCAAGUUAUGGGUGCAGUUACUUGUAUCUUUUAGUUAUGGUAUGUUAUUUAAACUGCUUUAUUUUAAAAAGAAGGUGGUAGAGAAGUGAAAUAUUUUUAAUAUGACCAAUUCAUCUAAAAUGCUGUGCUGUGUUUUUUUUUACAUUGAAUAGCACAAAAUGUAAAACUUUUUUUAAAGAUUUUCUGAUGUCAAAUGAAAGUUUUACUAUAACAGGCUUUGGGAGGAUGAUACAGUAAUACAUUUAACAGUCUUACAUGGUCACACAACAUUACAGUAUCACUUAAUGUCAAAUACACAAUAAAAAAAAAAAAAGUAAAAGGUGUAGAAUAUUACUCUAAUAUAAAGAUAGUAUAAAACUCUUUAAAAGGAUUACAAACAAUCUUAAAGUCCAUUUAGUCUCAAAUUAGUUAAUAUCCUAAGCUAUUUCAAAGCAGAUCUUUGUAUAGCCACGUACGUCUUUAAUGUGCAUAAAUGGGCAGAAUAGAACCAGGCCUAACUGCAGGUUUGCUCAAACAAUGCUAAAGACUGAUUUGUUAUGCAAGUGAUCUUUACUAAAAAAUAAAUGUUAAGAUUAGGUUCUUAAAUAUUUAUUUGCCCUAUAAUUAUACUAAAGUAAACAUAACAAUUCAGAAGAAAAUUUUUUUUCCAAAUUACUUGUUUGGAAAAUGGAUUCUUUUGGGAAUUUUAAAAGUAAGUUCAUGUAGUACCGUCAUACAUUUACAAUACUUGCAUUUUCCAUGAUGCGGAACCUGUAAAGACGUGUUGCAUUUAAACGGUUGACUUAUGUAUUUAAUUAUUUUGAUUCAUGUGGUCACAUGCAAAACAUGCAAAGCUUUGACCAUACCAACCAAUCCGAUGCAAUUUGAAUAUAUGGCUACUUGUGAUGUAACUUUAAAGUGAUGUGAUGUCACAUCUUUUGUUGAGAUGAUAAAAUAAGGGCUAAUGACAAGUUUUUUAAACUUAAAUUGUAUCAUGCUCAUAGUAGUUUGAAAUAACAUCCUGAUCACAUUUACCUUAGAACACCAGGCGGCAUUCUCAGGAACGUAUGUCAUUUAUUGAAGGACUUUAAAAAAGCAGUUUAUUUUCUGAUACAAAAAUUGAAACAAAGUAAAUAAAUAAAUUCUUACAUACAUGUAUUUACAAUAUCUCCCAAAAAAAUAUUGCUGUUGUAUGUUAUUCAUGGCUCAUUGUCGAAGAUAUUCAUUCAUGCAAAGUCUUGUUGUGUCAUUCACCUUUAAACAUUACGGGGUGGUUUCCCGUACAGGGCUUAAGACUAGUCCUACAUAAGUACAUAAGUACAAUUAUUUUGUCACAAAAUACACACAAAUAAUGUGUUUUUGGAAGGCAUGUUUGUAAAAACUGCUCAAAUGUACUAAUUUAACUAAGGCCUUGUCAUGGCCCAAUCCCUGUGGGGGAAGCCGCUCAUUUAUUACAUAAAAUAUGUGCAUUAAAAUCAGAAUAACAGUUACUAAAACAGUUACUACAUUUUAGUUACUAAAAUGCUUUGGUGAUUACAUCAAAAGCAUACUUUAUUGUAAAUUACUGGCUAUAUCUUUAUUUCCUAAAACAUUAUGAAUACAUUCAAAGUUUGUUUUCGUUUUUAUUUAAUUAAAAAAAAUGUAAUUAGUUAAAAUACGUGACCAGGCAGAAGUUUAGAUACAAAAAUGUGUUGCUCAUUUCUGAUGAAAUGGCUGACUAAAUAGACAUAAAUUUUGUAAACAAAUAUGAAUUAUUCUUAGUUGGAUAGAAUAGCCAAAGUAAAACAGAUGCUUAGGGCCAGAAUAUAAGGAACGAUUCUAAACUUUUGACUGGAAGUGACUGGUACAGUACAUCUGCACACAUUUAAUGUUUGCAAUGCCCUGACUUGUUCCCCUUGAGUGGCCCAUCUAUGUCUGCAUGUCUGUAAAUACCAUGAGGUCAUUCUCAUAUUAAGAGUCUGAACUUGUGUACUCGAUUAAUGCAUCCAAAUCAUAUGAUCAUAUUAUUUUACAAUGGCCAAACGCCUUUUAAAAGAACAUUAACUAUUUUAUUUUGUUUUCGCUUAAGGUUUCUGUGUAUUCUAAGCUCAGGAUGAGUCAAUACAUUUUGAUUACUGCAAAUAAUAAUAUAAAUAUACCAUUAAUGCUUUGUUCUGGUGUAUAGGUCAUAGUUAUUAUGCUGCACAUCACAUAUGUGAGAAAACAAUUGUGUAUAUGCUUGAUAGUUAUGCUUUGUGUUAUCCUGAUCAAUAAAACCAGAGAAUAUGUAGUCAAAUUCAAUCAAAGUGUUAAACACAAAAUACAGCAACAAUUCAGAUGAUAUUUUAUAAUUUGGAAACAUUAAUCUAGUUAGAGAUUGUGAAUAAAGACUUUAAUCUUUAUUCAUUUUAGUAAAAAACAAAGCAGGUUGAUUGAAUUUGGCCAUUAACCUCAACAUCUCUUGUAUUCUAGUGUGGUAAAAAAUAGAAGUUCUAACUUUUUUAAUCGGCCAGAGUGUAAAAAUGAAAAAAGAAAAAGUGUAAAAAGAUAUGUGAUAUCAAUGUUUUUAUGCACUUAACAUGUUGGAAUGUUUUUAUUUCUUUGCCAUGCUGUUGCAUGAUGAAACACCACAACUUCAUGUCACCCUUUAAGGAUGAGGGUGAUCUGUUUAUUUUAUUGAUCCAGCCUGAUACAGUAUAUUUGAUAGAACUGUACUGAAGUUAUUUUUAUUUAAGUGUUUUAAGUGAUCACUAAGAUGGUUGAAAUUCAAGGUUGUGUCCAUCGGCAAGUCUGAUAUUUUACACCAAAAUCAAAAGAAAAAAACGAUUAUAUUUCAGGGUUAUAAAAUGCGCAGAAACAAAAUGAAACACUGAUUUUAAAUAUAGGCUGCGUUUUCUCUCUUUUUUCCUUUUGAUUUUGUGGUGAAGUUUUCACUAAACACAAUCUUGAAAGUCUUUGUGAAGUAUGUCCCUUUGGAUGACAGUUGAUAGUCCUGGUAUCUAAUCUGACAUCCUCUGAAUAAAACCAGGCAAAUUCAGUGUUCUAGUCAUGCAUAUUCAAAAUUUAAUUUACUGUACGAUUAGCGCUUGGUAGCGAUUUUACCCAGAUUAUUUAUACAUAAACAUGACCAAACAUGAAACAAUCCAAAGCCCUUUAAUAAUGAAAAGACUGAUAAUUGUACUUGACAAGAAAAUAUGCAAAAUAGGAAAACAGUGUCUUUUUUAUUUGUCUUGUCUUAAGUUUGCUAUCUUCUUGAGUGUUUAGUGAUUUCACACAAUAUGUGAAAUGUGUUUUAUUCGCAUGUUCAGGAGAAUUUGAAAUAUUUCUGUUUAAUACGGUCUAUCAUUUCAAAAUACAACUCUGGGAGUAUCAGUGUAAAAAAAACAGUUCUUAGUCUGAAAUUGACCGGGAAGCGCCUUAUGACAUUUGUAAAAUUCAAUUACAUUUAUUAUUAAAUAUUAAUUAAAUUGUAAAGUGAUUUUUGAUGGUUUAUAUGUUCAGAAAAUGAAUUGUUUUAUAUGUUAGUACUGCCACAAUAAAAUUGGAGUGAAAAUCUU